GCGAUGACUAAGGCCAUACCACGGUCGCUGAUUGGUGCCUGGUGUGCCUGAGCCGCUUAUCCGCAUCGGGCAAGGACGCCUGCUGAGUCAGCCAUUGCAUCAUGAGCAUCUACUUCAUCUGCAUCUUCAAGCUCACAUCCUCCAUCUGCUAUAGGAGACACAUUCUAGUAGAGGUCAAUAUGGCACAGAAAAGAAUUGCAUUCAAGGUGCAUGGCACUGUACAAGGCGUUGGAUUCCGCGACUUCACACAAAAGCGCGCCACCGAAUUCGACCUAAAAGGCUGGGUCAAGAAUACCAUCUGCGGAAGGGUCGAAGGAGAAGCGCAAGGACCCGACUCAGCCAUCCAGAAUCUGGUUAAAGAAAUCAACAACGGGCCGCGUCUAGCGCACGUCGUCAAGGUGGAGAAGAAAGAGAUUGCCACGCAAGAAGGGGAGAGCCAGUUCGGGGUCAAGCGGACUUCCGAGUCGGCGUUUGAUGCGACGGUUUGAGCGGUUUUGUUUUCUUCAGUCGGCGAUUGGUCGGAUGGUUGUACCUAGUCAUUUACGUGGGGAUUUACGAUACCUACCUAGGAUAUGGAUAUGAUAAUGACACAUAAGUAAAUCGGAGAGGGUUUGAGCAGAACGUGAUCGGUGAGGAGGUCGGGUUAGAUUGCUUUGGGCUAUGAAUUAGGUGAAUUCUUGGUGGAUGUCGAGGUUUUAUUUGUAUAGAAGAUGCUGGCUUUUAUAAAAGGCUGUUUGAGCCUCAUUCUCGUGUGAUACUGGAUUGUUAUUGCUGGAAAGUAUAACAAUGCCAACAAAGAAACCAUGUCAAUUUUAAGAAUUAAGAACCUCAAACACAUGGCAAGGGUUCAGGGUUUGUGCCUGCUGCAGCGGUGAUUU